CUGUCGGCCUGCGUGGUCACGUACACGUAGUGACGUCGCGAUGACGGUGUUGAUGGGUGAAGUCUAGCCAUCAUCAUCAUCAUCCUCCUCCUCCUCCUCAUCACUGGAGAGCCUCUCUGUGUCUGUGUUUAAAGGGUAACUCCGCUGCACGGAGGAGACAUUUCUUGCAUUAGUGGACAGUGUAUCUGCAGCCCUGUAUUCUAAACAGGAGAACGAGCUUUUCAUCAUGAACUGCGACAUAGAUGGAGACAUGGAGAACCAGGUGGAGAUGGAGGAGAAGACAAGGUUAAUAAAUCAAGUUUUGGAACUCCAGCACACGCUGGAAGACUUGUCAGCGCGGGUCGAUGCAGUCAAGGAGGAGAACCUGAAGUUAAAGUCUGAAAACCAGGUUCUCGGUCAGUACAUCGAGAAUCUCAUGUCGGCCUCCAGCGUCUUCCAGACCACCGACACCAAGAGCAAACGGAAGUGAGGUACCCUUUGGGGGGUAAAGCUGAAGUCCCAGGCCAGCAGAGAGGAAACCCACCCUGGAGACAAGGAGAGGGGUUUGUUUUCUCAGCAGACCUGGGGUGUUUUAUGUAACCGCUCACUUACCUGAGUCUAAACUAACCAUUUAAUAAUCAAAAAAACAAAUAAACUGACUUUCACCCGUCCCGCUGGCUCAGAAAUAGAUCCAUUUAAUGUUAGUCUGGCCCAGGUCUGUUUUGCAGCAGCUUCCUCUCCACACUACAGAUGAGGUAGACAUCACCCUUUAAUCACUAAUCAGAAUAUGUACAUGAAGUGGUUAAGGGUCAUUUGUACCUUGAGUUUCUUCUUAAUGCUCCCUGUCAAAGUAGUAUCUGUACAAUAAUUGGAAACAACUGCUGUUUUACUUGCUUGGUUUCCUGAUUUUCAGUGGUUUUCCGAACUUUGGGACACUGCGUUCCCAUCUCGAACUCACAAGUAAAGUGGGCGUAAACAAACCAUAAAUAUUACAAAUACUGUUUGACAAAGAACCCCAUUUUCCACACUGGUUUUAUUUUAUUAUUUAUUUUUGUAAAGUAUUUUCUACGUCAGCUGGAUCUGAGUUUUUGGUUGGUCUUGGAAGUCACCAUGUUUAUAUAAAGCACGACUGUAUUCCUCCAUUUAAAAGCUGAUAAACUAAACAGUAUUACUGAAAGUGGAAACUGGCUCGCAUUUAAGAGUAAUACACAUCUCAAAUGGGUUUCUUUCUGUUUGACAGUUUAGGUAUAUCUAAUGAAAUGUCAUUAAAUCAAUCACUGAAUUGCAGACUGAAAACUAGCAGAGCUUUUUAACAGGUGUAAACUAUCACUCCAUAAAAGUGUAGGUCUUAACAUCAGUGAUGUUUUCAUUGCAAGUGAUCACAAAGAUUCUUUUUGUGCUUAAAGGUAUUUGUAAUUCUUUAAACUCACGUGUUGUGGCCCAAAAUGUAACAUAAGAGUGACCGAGGGAAUGGUAGGGGUCAUAAAUGCAGCAGGGCUUCGUCAGACAAACCCUGCAUUAUUACAUUUGGUGUCUUUAUAGAGUAACGUCAUUUGGGCCUUAAUGGACCGAAUGACACGAGGAAGAUGCGAGGGUGGGGGGGUGGGGGGGGGGCAGACAUGCUCUCCCCCUUUUAACUGCAAGACCAAAAGCAGUAAAGAGGCCCUGAGUGCUAUUGAUCCAUUUGGCCGGGCCUGGACUACAUCACCCGCCAGAGGAGGAGUUUUACCGUAAAUGUGCUGAUGUCCUCAUUGUACAGCAGGAGUGGAGGGUGUGUCCCCCAAGGCUGCCUCAGAUAAAGAGAAGAAGAAAGGACUGAGUAUGGUAGGAGGAGAUGAAACUUAUUGUAAUCAACAAAUUUGGAUUCCCUUUUUAAACUCAAGUGUCCAGUUCAAUAAUGUCUGGAAAGCAGUAAUGCAUGUGUAAACAUCAGGUGGUGUUUGAAAGGGAGGAAUUGGUAAUAUAGGAGGCUAUAAACUUUAUGCUGUUAUUUUGUCAUUUUGAACAGUUGUACAGUAGUAUUUCAAUAUCUUUCUGGCAUGCUGACUAUGCCCUACACACACCCUAAUACCGACUGUCUUGUGUAACCCUGUACCUUUUAAACAUUUGUUUUAAUAAAAACUUAAGACCA